AUGCCAGAACUGACGAUCGGGAACCACAUCGGCUGUCACGAGUUCGGUGGGAAUGAGUUGGUGUUGGCCUCACCCGUCGACUCCGCGGUUGAUUGCAGCUUUCAGUGUCGCACGAAGAGCCUGAGUUUUGAUUACUACGGGGUCAAAGCCGGGCGGAUUUGUUCCUGUUUCGAAAAAGUUGUCAAAAAAUUUUCAGUAACGAACUGCGUCAUGACAUGCCAUGACGGUGAUCUAUGCGGCGGAAAGGAGUUAUACUCUGUGUACUCCAGUGAGAAUGUGGUUAUUGUAGUCGUAAGUGCGUAA